CCGUCAGCGGAGAGCUGGGCAGCUGUGGGAACUGAAACUGCUGUCCUACUGAGCACGCCCACCUUGCGAAACUGGGACCAGGCGGUGCUCAGAGCUCACUGGGACAUUAAGCUGGUGUUCAGAGGUCACUGGGAUAUUAAGCUGAUACACGCCUCAUCAUUGCCCUUAAUCGUUAUUAACCAGGCAAAAAGCAGUACAGAGAGAGAGCCUGUGGUGAUCCUUCUAGGUUGGGCAGGCUGCAAGGACAAAUACCUGGCCAAAUACAGUGCAAUUUACAGUCAGAAGGGGUGCACCGUCAUCCGCUACACGGCUCCAUGGAGGAUGAUAUUCUUCUCUGAGACCUUUGGCAUCAGAUCCCUCCAGACACAAGCCAAGCGGCUCCUGGAGCUGGUCUUUGACUACAAGAUUGAAAACAGACCGGUUCUUUUUCACGUUUUUAGCAAUGGUGGUUUCAUGCUGUACCGUUACAUCACUGAGAUGCUCCACACUGACAAGCCUUUCAAGAACCUCAAAGUAGCGGGCGCCGUUUUUGAUAGUGCCCCUGGCAGAAGAAACUUGAUAGGAGCCCUUCGUGCUUUGGCAACUGUCUUGGUGUCCACAAAUGUGUUCCUCAAGUAUUUCCUCUUACUUGCUUUUGCUACUACAGCUGUGCUGCUGCGGAUCCUGCUGUACCCGUUGACCAGCUUCAUCCACGAGAGCCACUACGAUGCCCUGCUGAAUGCGCCCUCGCGGUGGCCCGAGCUUUACCUCUAUUCCCAAGCUGACGCCAUCAUCAAGGCCAGUGACGUGAAGCACAUGGCAGACACGCGGCAGCAGCUCGGGGUCUCUGUGAAAGCCGUAGACUUCUUGGAUUCAGCUCACGUCAGCCACAUGCGGGCGUAUCCCACCUAUUACCGCAACCUCUGUACAACUUUCCUCUCUGACUGUCUCAGGGCCUCACCUCAUUAGCGGCGUAAUGACCUCCAGUGUUUGCAUCUGCUUUGCUCAGCUCAUAUGGGAAAAAUCACCUCCUUUGUGUCUUUGGAAGGAGGAAAGCGGAGACUUCUUAGCUUUUUUUAAAGUGUUUUUUUAUUUUGCCACCUGCAAGUCUGAAAUCCUCCAGGCUGGCCUUUGGGCCAGCCAUGUCAUAGCAGAAAGUAGAUAUGGAUUAAUUAUUAAUUUAAAGUACUGAAGGUGAAAUGUGGCAUGCUUGAAGCUGAUGAUGUGCUGUACCAAGGUGUCACAGACCAGAAUUUCACCUCGAGUGUUGUUUCUUCCUGUCUCGUGGUGUUCUCUGUUUUUCACGUUGUCUCUUUGUCCCUGAUGUCCAAUAUGUGUGUUCUGUUGCCGUGUACUGAUUUUACAAUACAGCUCUUCAAUGUCUUUGUUGUUUUCCUCUCUGCUGUUUCUUUUAUCUUGCAGUGAGCAAACAGAAGCCGCUCUGCAGGACUUUUCUCUUCUCUCGGUGCAUGCCAGCUCUUGUUAUUCUCCUCGUUUGGAGAUCAGGCCCAGAAGCUGAAUGUAAGACCUGGAAAAGGCUUGUGCCGGGCAGUAUGACCAGGUUGUCAUCUGGUUCCAUUAAAGAGCUGAGACUGAGCAGUCAAAGCUGUGAUACUUAGCGGGAGCUCAAAUGUUUGUAGUAACUGUUGUGCUCUUCAACCAGAGGAUUUAACUUAACCUUUUUGAAUGUGUCUUGUGUUUUGUUUCUCUUCCUUCCAGUCUUUUGUGUGUUCUCCCAAGUAGUUUUGUUUUCUUGGAGAACUGCUCUUUUAUUAUCGUGUGUCUUUGAGCAGCCGAUAUUGUGCUUCUGGAAAUGCAGGGAAACUGGCACAGCUGUAACCUGAAAGACCCCAGAAAUAGCAAGGUGGACCUGCAGAGAAAAAUGAAACUGUCUCUUGGAGCUAUGAUUUAUACCGGGUAUUUCUGAAAUCACCUCCAACCCACAAAUGGCUAUGAAAUUCAACAUUUUUCCCCAUAAUGUUCUCUUUAGAUGAUUGGUCUCUGCUGUCCAUGCAGCAUGUACUAGUAAUACAAGAAAUUAAUUCCCUCCACCUAGUGAAAAAGUAGCUUGUUGCACUGCA